AUGGUGGUGCCAAAACAAACGCUCGAUCCCGGCCGGACCGGGCAAUGUCAGGCUUAUGGAUCUUCUUGGGGUUUCAUUCCCGAACUCCCACCUUUCCCCGUCUUCGUCGUCGUCCACAACGAGCUACUAGCGACGAUAGCGGUCUCAAUACAGUUUACAAUCUACCCUAAUGCCAGCUCCAGGGGUCCUGUGCCUGUCUCGAGCGAGGCCCCCUCUCCCGACGAUAGCUCCAUCCCCCUGAAGAGACGUGGGGGGAAAGGUUCCGAUAAGUCGUCGGACACAGAUACCGACUCUGAAGACGAUGAUAAUGAUGGCGAUCAUAACGGCAUGAGGCAGCGUCGAGCUCGUGGGAAGGGUUCUGCCGCCGGAAUAGCGAGUAGCAUUGAGCUCGAAGAUCUCGUUGCAAGCGAGCUUCGAGAGUGGAGGAACACCACCAGUGCUACCGGUGAUUUCUCGUCUUCGUUCAGGCAGCGCAAGAACCGCGAGGGUGCUGACCACGACGAUGUCUUGGGCGAGUCGACCAUAUCUAUCCCGUAUAUUACAAUGUCACCCACGCAUGUCCUCGUUGACUCUUCUGCACCAACUACACCAACGUCGACGGGUACACUUCGCAGUCGUAUGUCUACUCCAGCGGUUGGAUCCUCUCCGCUUCCCGGCUCCUCUCCACCCUUAAUGUCCCAAGUCUCGGAUUCUCGUGUAACCCUGGUGUCCCCGCCCUCGACCAUCUCUUCUUCUCUCACGUCUCCAAAUCAAUCUUCCCCAGCACAGCCUUCUCCCCUAUUACACCCCCUCCUCCCCGAGUACAUCCCCUCCCUUUCUCAGUCCUACCCACAAGAUCUUGAUCACGAACACGGCCUCGAGCUGCUUUCUCCGCCUUCCUCACGCUCCGAGUCGCCUUUCUCCGUCCUGUCUGGGUCUGGGGCAGCCAACUCUCCAUGGAUGCCCAUUCGAGCGACGCCUUCCCCCCUUUCGGCUCUUCGUUCUGGUGCUGGAGCGACGUCUCCGAGUGCCAGACCUACUAACAAUAGUCAGUCCCCGCCCCCUGGUUUGCUUCGACAAGGCAGUGACGGAUGGACGCCCGCCAACCCAGCCUAUCAGCAGCAGCAGCAGCAGCAGCAGCAGCAGAAUCAGGCUUUAGAAAGCUCCACUGCGUCUGUAACUUCGCAGUAUCACUCCUUCCCGUCCUCUCCAGCCGUUUCUGGAUCCGUGUCAACCUUAUCUAACCAAGGAUCGGGUCUAUCGUCACCUUCGACACUCUCCAGCCCACUGCAAGACCAGGCUGCGAGCCAGCGGAGUUUAUCUGCCCUUUCAUCCCCGUCUCCGAUCACCUUCACAUCUCCCAAUCCAGUGCCUUACAUUCCGCAGCGAUCUUUCCCUUCCACAGCCGCAGGGCAGGGCACGUCCCUACGCCUGCCUUUAUCUGCUUCCCAGCCUCGUUCAACCCUUGUUUUCGGAACGGCUACGGAGAGUGGUGACUCGGAGAAGGAGGAAGGUGAAGGUACACCACGCUCGCCACGAUCUCCCGUGUCUCCCCACUUUCGAGGCGGGGGGGAUCUCUCGGACUUGGAUUUCAUGUCAGACUUUGACGAGAGGAGCGAUGCUGGUCGAGUGUCUUCCCCCCAUGGCUUCUUUGACGUUGGUAAUCUCGACCAUGGGCGUCUUUCUGCCUCCGGAUCUGGAGAGAAUCAAGUCUUGUCACCCAUGUCCCAGACCUUCUUGGAUGUGAGGCAGCAUGAUGGCGACGAUCCCCGUAGUCCGUUUAGCGACUUUGGCGAUUUGGAGAGCGAGAAUGGGUUCAGUGAUAGCGGGAUGAGUGACUCUAGUUGGGGGAGUGUGACUGGGGAUGGGAAUGGGGGUUCGCACUGAGUGUGGAGUUGUGGGUGUUUGGGUGAAGAAUAGAGAUAGAGAGAAAAGGAAAGAUGGAGAAGGACGGGGCGAGAUUUCUUCCGAGUCAAUCACUGAUUGAAGGGGACCCCUGCUUUCAUGACCUUUCCUUCGAAACUGCACACACAAACUCCAACCAGGUCAACCUUCUCGGACGACAAGAACAUUCCGGCUCCAUCGCCUACUUUUACAGCUUUCGUCCCUGGAUCUCAGUUAUUUAUCACUCCUACACUCUUACAGGGCUAUCAGAUCUCUCCUUCCAGCGCAUCUAUCUCGUAAUUCAGAAGCGGCCCUCCGAGCUCCAUCCCUCAAGACGUAUUCUCGGCCUUUGGUUCAUUUUAUACAUUUACAGGUUUACCAUGGGUUUCCUUUCUACGCAUCCACUCUUCCUCGAUUGCAAUCCUUCAGGGGCGGACCAUUCCCCUGGUACAUUUCAUCUCGCAUCAUCUUUCCCCGGUCUUCAUACAGGUUCCUACUCUUUUGGUGAUUCUACGUCCAAGACCUUGCAACCUAAACGCUUUCAUCUUUUUUACUCUUUUCAAGGGCAGAAUCGCCCUUCAUUUAACAUCGCUUUGCUGUAAAUCUCAACGUUGUACAUUUAUCCCACCUCUUGCUCUGUAAUGUACCAUCGUACACCCUGUUCUCUCUUGUACACUGUCACCACAAUGCAUCCCAUCCUAUUCUUGUACUGUAUCUUCUUUGUCCAUCAUCGCUGUAACUACCCCCUUUGAUUCCUUUAGUUUUGACUGCGAAACCUCCGACUUGAGAAGAAUGCAAUUCACACCCAUCGUGUUUCUUACGUGAAAGGAGAGUUUGUGUUAACUAGAAAGCUACAGUCAUUAUAGGCUACACUUGAGAUAAUUAGCCAAUGACGAUGGAUAUCGACAAGACGGGGUAUAAGCUAAGAAUGGGAGAGAUCUCAAGCAAUCAUCCCACAUAUUAUGUACAGUCCGUAAAGUAAGUUGUCGCAAAAGGAGUGUGAAGGCGUAUUAGUCGCCAGAGGUGCAAGCCUCCCGUAAAACCGGUGAGGGGAAGCGGGUUUUGCAUAACAAA